AUGAUUCAAUGUGGUCGUGAUCGUCCUCCCGGGCCCCCCGGCAAGCGUGGCAAGAAGGGCAAGAAAGGUGACCCCGGUGACCCGGGACCCCCGGGUAGCAAGGGCGAUAGAGGCGAGCGCGGCUUCAUGGUAAGCGCCUCGCUGGCGGGCCCCGUAGUGUCGCUAGACCCCUUGCGCCUCAUUAACAACCAUUACAUCAACCAUUUACAAGGCCCGAUAGGACUGGACGGCCCUAAAGGAGAUCCGGGUCGGCCGGGGGACAAGGGACAAAAAGGAGAACAUGGCAGUCCAGGCUUUGAUGUUUUCUCUGCAGUAAAGGGAGUCAAAAGAUCAGUGGACAACUAUAAGAUGAGCCCCUACACGACCGCCGAGAUCAUAGCCGUUAAGGCCCUGCAGGCGACGGGGCACAACAUCUCGGCGCAGUCCGUCAUACAGUUGAAGGGGGAACCUGGCGAGCCGGGACCUCCGGGACCUCCCGGACCGACAGGAGCAGAAGGUGUUGCUGGAGCAGAAGGACGCGUGGGUCCUGCGGGGACUCCCGGCCCCCCUGGACCCAUAGGGCCGGCGGGGCCUGCAGGGUCUGCUGGACCGAUAGGCCCCCCAGGACCAGCAGGACAUAAGGGAGACAAGGGAGACAAGGGUGAACGUGGUUUCACGACGACACUGAAAGGCGAUGCGUUCCCGACUGGCAUCAUCGAGGGUCCACCGGGCCCGCCCGGACCUCCCGGGGCGGAGGGUGCGCGCGGCGAGCGGGGGGCGGGGGGUGCUCCCGGGCCCCCCGGGGAGCGCGGCGCGAGAGGCAAGCGGGGCAAGCGGGUAACACCACCCACUACUGAACACGACAACUACUGUACUCUCUGUGCGGUUGGCAAGGAUGGUGCGUCCGGACCCCGCGGACCUCCUGGCUCGGACGGCCGGCCCGGGGCCGCCGGGGUGCCGGGCCCGCCGGGGAAACCGGGUGAAAUUGGACCAAAGGGUGAAAAAGGCGACUACGGUGACAUGGGGUCGCCAGGCAUGCUCGGAGCUCCGGGGCUGCCGGGACCCCCGGGGUACCCCGGACUGAAGGGGGAGAAGGGAGACAAGGGGGACUCGAUGAUGGGCCCCCCGGGCUCGCCGGGCCCCGCGGGUCCCCCGGGCGUGGCGGGCCCGCCCGGUAUCAAGGGCGACAAAGGCGAGCCCGGCACACGCGGAAAGACUGGUGAGCGCGGAGAGAAAGGUGACCCCGGGCCCAUGGGACUCCCGGGCCCAGUAGGUCUCCCGGGGGAGGCUGGCGAGCCGGGCCGGCCGGGCGAUACGGGGCCGAGGGGAGCGCAGGGCGAGCCGGGCAGCAAGGGCGAGCGAGGAGAUCCCGGACUACCCGGACCAGGCGGGAAACGCGGCCGCAAGGGUGACAAAGGUGACCGCGGGGAGCAAGGAGUCCCGGGGCUCGACGCUCCCUGCCCGCUAGGACCGGACGGACUACCGCUGCCGGGGUGUGGCUGGAGACCCUCGAAGGAAGUGGCGCGGGAGGAGCGGCUGGGAGGAGGAGGAGGAGACGGCACGCGCUCCGACGAUGAGGGGGAGGAGGAGGAGGGGGACGGGGACGAGGAGGGGGGGGAGUACGACACGAGGGACGACCUCGACCCGCAGAGAGACUACGACGAGUACACGGACAACGCGCACCACGACUCACACAGGGACUGA